AUGAGACAGAAGGGAGCCAGGGAGAAGAGGGCAGAGAUCCGCCCCCGUGGCUCCUCCAUGCGCGACUCAAAGGCUUCGGAAAAGUCGGCAACCGAGAAGCCCGCUGAGAAGCCCGCUGCCAAGAAGACUGCAACCAAGAGGCCCGCCACUGACAAGCCGGUUGCCGAGAAGCCCGCGGCCAAGAAGCAGGCAACUGACAAGUCUGCCGCCAAGAAGCCCGCACCCGCCAAGACCGCUGCCAAGAAGCCCGCUGCCGCCAAGACGACAACUGCCAAGGCCCCGGCUCCCAAGGCUGCUGCUAAAGAAGCCAUCAUUCCGUCGCCUUGGGUUCAUCGGGGCAGCGCAGGGCACCGUGACUUCCGGAAAGAAGCUCACGUCACUCAGCCUCAGAAUGUAAACAAGGUUUCCAUCGUGGACUCGACAGUAUCCAAUAUUUCAUUACUGAGCUUCGGUGCUCAUAUGGCAAAGUCCUAG